UUUUCUUCUUCUUCUUCUUCUUGUUCUUCUUGUUCUUGCUGAAUGGCGAGCUUACUGCGGCGCGCAGGAUCGGCAGCGCGGCAUGCGAGCAGUGCGCUCCAGUCUGGCCUCGCGCACCAGCAGGGCUCCUCCGCCUCGGCCACCAACUCGACAUUGUCCUCAUCCUCAUCAUCUUCAUCAUCGCCGUCGUCAGCCUCCGCGCUGGGAUCCGGAUCGGCGGGUGGAUUCUCGUCCGACUUCCCAGCGCCGCCCGUUGCCGUUGCGCCAAUGCUCGCCCCGAUGCCCUCGCAGUCGCAGCUGGACGACGAGGACGACACUGCCCAGCAGGCAGCGCUCAAGGCGUCGCUUGCCAACAAGCCCGUCGUCGACCUCAUCCUCGCCAUUGAGGACGCCAAGUCGCCCUCUGCGCAGAUUGUCAGCGCGCUCUUUGAUCUGCUCGUCGUCGGAGAGUUCCACCUGCACUCCAACUAUGAAAUUCGCGCGAUCGAUGCGCUGUACGUCCUCCUGGAUGUUGCGCCGCACUGCUCCGUCAACGUGCAGGCCGAGAUCUGGAACACGCUGAUAGCCAUUCUUGAAAAGAGCAUUACGAAUCUCGAGCUGUGCUCGCGGUGGGGUUUGAUUGAGAAGCUUCUCGGUCGUAUUCACGUCUUUAAGGACGACAUUGCCCUCACCAAAGUUCUACAGCUGGUGGAAGUGCUCGGUCGCUAUUGCAUUUCCGUUCGCGAGCUUCGCAGCAUUCUUCGUACCCUGAAGAGCUCCGACCAAAAGCUUCGUCCUCGUUUCUCUGUCAAGCUCAUGAACGUGUUGCGUUCGAUGGCACAAGAAGAGCGUCCAAAUGUCUACUUUCACUUUUCAGGCAACCAGUCUGGCAUCAUGCUGCCAUGCGUGACCAAGUGGCCCUACCAAACGGGAUUCACUUUCUCGACAUGGUUCCGAAUCGAACCGCCGGAUCCAGAGCUCCUGAAACAGCGACUCGAGAAACCAAAGCCGUAUCUCUACUGCUUCAAAACAGACAAGGGCUUGGGCUACUCGGGCCACUUUGAUGGCAAGAAACUCACCAUCUCGUUCAAGCUGUCCAUGGGCAAAAUCACGUCCGAUUGCGAUGUGCCGUUCGACUUUGAGCCGCGUCAGUGGUACAUGUUCACUGCCGUUCACAACUACCGCCGCAUCGGCAGCAGCGAGUUGAUGUGCUACGUCAACGGGCAGUUGGUGUUGAAGUGCGACAUCAAGUUUGUCACCACUACGGAUCUCUUCACCCAUUGCUUCCUCGGAACAAGCACCACGCCCUCCGUUCGCACAUCCUUUUGCGGCCAGAUUGGUGCCACGUACGUGUUCAACGACGCCCUGUCCUCGGCGCAGGUGGCUGCCAUCCACGCACUCAAGUCUGAUUACAUGAGCAACUUCCGACAAGCCACGGAGAGCAGCGUGCCGCUCACGACUGUCCACCGCAAGACCCUCUUUGAUGGUGGGCGCUUGACGAGCGCCAUCAUGUUCACCUACAACCCAAAGGCGGUUUCCGGCAACGUGUGCUUUGAGUGCUCUCCCAACGACGCCAACCAAUGGUUUUCGGCAGAAUCCUCUGGUGCCAUCCUGCUGAACGGCUCUCGCACCGUCGUGACGCACUCCUACCACCAUGCGCUCGAGUCCAUCGGCGGCAUCCAAACGCUCUUCCCGCUCGUCUCUCAGUUCGACCAUGCCGAUCAGCCGCGCGAUGGCGCGCUUGGCAUUGUGUACGAGCCCGAUCCCGCGUACAGUCUCACGCUGCUGUCGCUCUUUGCCGAAACGCUGGCAGCGUCAACCACGUCUCAGUCCCAGCUUGAUCAACAUCGCGGGUUUACCGUUCUGGCGCAUCUCCUGGACGACGUGCUACCGACCAACAUGUCGCGUCAGGUGCUCGAGGUGUUGCUGCAGCUCGCGCAGUCGCUGCGCAAGGCCGCCGAGACAAACAGUUUGGCGGCGCAGUCGCUCUUCCGCGACUUGUUUGAUCAGGUGCUCUUCCGCUUCAACUUGUGGAUUUGCUCGGAUGUCGCCGUCCAGAAGCGUCUGCUCGGCGUGCUCGCCAGCGACCUCGUUCGGACUGAAUCGGUCAACGUGCGGUCGCUCAUUGGCGUGCAGCGUCUCAUGGAUCUCAUUUCCAAUUUCUUCUGGCUGCCCGAUCCAGCAACCGCAGCAGCAGCAGCGGCCAUCAGUGCGACAACAGAGCCUCCCGCCUCCCGAGCUGAACCAGCGCCCGACAAUGAGGAUGAGACUCAGUCACCGACAGGCGCGGCGCGCUACCAACUCGCUGGCCAACCCGUCCUCCAUCCAGUCACGAAACGCGCGGUGGCGCAGCGUCCCAACACGUCGGAUAUCGUCGAGCUGCGCAUGAUUGUGCUGACCAUCAUCAAGCAGCUUGUGCUUGACGGCUCUGGAAUCACUGCCGACGAGCUGAGCGCCAUUUUGAACUACAUUGUCGCCAACUUGAGCAUCAACCAAGAGUGGCAUGUGAUUGAUGCGGUUGAGCUCAUCCUGACCCUGAUGUGCGACCACCCGGAGCCCAUUCUCGGACUCUUUGAGCAGCAGAACGGCAUUCAAGUUGCGCUGUCACUCUUGUCCGCGAAAUCCGUGCCCGUCCGUGGCUUUGGCCUGAAAAUUCUGGGCAAGCUGCUCAGUUGGCUGCCCACCAAGCGCGCUGACAAGCUCAUUCAGCAGCACCAGCUCUUCUCCCUGAUUAGCACCACCCUGAGCAUGUACUCGACCGAGCUCGACAAGACCACGUACAAUGCCCUGUUUGAAAUCAUGCUCAAUCAAGUCACCAAGCAGCUUGUGCCAGACCGCUUCGUGUCGCGCGACGCCACGUCCAGAAUUGCGCACCCGGGCGUUCUUCGCACCCUGUUUGAUCUCGUCACCCACGAUUCGAGCAGCGCCGGCACGACGACGCUCUUCCGGCUGCUGGGCGAUCUCGUCAUGCUGCUGAGUCACGAACCCGACAACCGCCGCAUCUUCCUCGCCUUCCCAAAUUGGCAAAACUGGUUUGUCACCUUCCUCAAGUCUGUGACUCGCGUCCAGGAUUGCGGAUUCUCGGCCCACCACCUCGUCAACCCUGCCGCUGCUCAUAGCUCGGUGUUGGUGGUAUCCGGAAAUCGCCAAUCAGCAGCGCCUGCUUCGGCCCGGCCAGCCUCGCCAACGCCCCCUCCUGCCGAUCCUUCCUCCAGCUCUGACGCCUCUCUGCCGCCCACACCGACGCCGCCCGGUGCUGCUGCUGCCGCUCAGUCCUUCUCGGGCUCUGCGGCCCCUGCCGCCAUUGUCGCCUCAGCCGCCCAAGAAAACCUCCAAUGCGCUGAGCUGAUUUGCACCCUCUUCCGUGUCCUCUUGUGCCAUGCGCUCAAGAAUGAGCGCGAAGGCUACCAGGUGUGGGUGGACACCAUUGCCGUUUUCAAGCACGAAGAUUUGAGCAACUCCGUGCUCACCUUCCCAGAGCUGCACUUCCGCUUCAUUUGCGACGUUCUGUUGGCGGUCGAGGCCGACAUGCAAGCCUGGCGCACCAACGACAAAAAGUCUGGCGCCGACUUUGUCAACAUGCGCGAAAACAGCCUCUUUGUGUUCAACGUGGCCUUUUUCGUUUCGAUCGUUGCCGAGAACGUGCUCACGCUGAAGGACGCAUACGCGGCGUUACUGACGGUUUGCUCCAAGCCGACUUCAGCCUCACCCUCCGCGGCGAACGCAAACCUGUCGGGGCAGACCGCUCCAGGUUUGGCGCCUCCAGCAAGCGAGCGUAGCGAACGCAGCGAACGCUCCUCUGGCAUGUCUGCAGCUGGCGCCAUUGUCGGUGCCAUUGGCGGUGCGUUGGGCGGUGCGUGGUCGACGCUGGGUGCCGUUGCCGCCAACACGGCCUCGGGCGGCAGUUCCAAUACCGUCCCUGGCGUGACAUCCGUCACUGGCACCAGCUUGUUUUCGCGUAAUCGGCCGAGCAAUCUUUUCGAGACGGCUCCCAAUUCCGCCGAAGACAACAGCGAAGAGCCCAGCUUCUACGACAGCCGUGCCAUGCUCAUGGUCAACAUGGCAAGCGAGUCUGGCGCGACUGCAGGCUUGAUUGCUGGGGCCGAACCCACAGAUCCAACAACGGAAGACGCGGACGAACAAGACCUGGAUGCUUCCGACAAGACAAGUGCGACAAUCGAGAGCGCCUCCUCGCGACCCGUGCUUGAUGUUCAGCCCCUUGUCACCCGUCUCAUCCAUCUUGUCGAUCUGCUCGUGUUUGCCAGCACAAUCAGCUACGAUCAGCUCGAGACACGUCGCGGAAUGAGCAUUGGCGGCAUUCUGCGGCAAUGCCUCCGCCUCGUUUGCUGCCGGAUUCAAACACAGCUGACUGCCAGCAUCAGCACCCAAACCGCUGGCGAUGCGACGCCGGCCGCGAUGACCAACCGCUACCUCGAGCUCGAUGCGCAUCUGCUGCGCCUGUCCGAGCUGCGUCGCCAACUGGUCGAGGUCAUGAUGGGACACGAGAGCGAGCGCUUCCACCGUCUGCAGCACUAUCUCAUGAUCCGCCUCAAGGAGCAAGAAUCCAAGAUUGACAACCUGCGCUGCGUCCUCGAUCGCAUGGACGUCAAGCGACUCCGCGCCAUCGUCUACCGCGACAUGGAUGGCCAUCUGCGUCAAGCGCAGCAGUUGCUCUUGGCAGAGCUGCAAUUCCUCUCGGUCAUUAUCGUCAGCGAGUACAAGAGCAUUCUGGACCCGAGCAACUCAGAUCCCAACGUUCCCGAUGACGAUGGCAGCCUCAUGACGUCCCGCAUCGAGGCGGCCUUCAGCAGCGUGACGCCGCUCAUUCACGAGAGCUGCACGGACUUUAAGCCCUUCCUGUCCAAGGCGUUCGUCACGCCCUCUGGCACUGAGCUGAUCACCAAAGAGUCGCCCUGCCUGCGCGCCGCUGCAUCCGUCAUCGAGGUCGUCAUGGCCCUGACGUCGAGCGACUGGCAGCGCUGUCUUCGCGACGUGGCCGAGCAGGCGUACCGCGACAUGGUGUUGGAAGGCCAGCACCUUGCCGCGCGUUACGAACGAGAGCUGCGUUUGCGCUCCUCCAAUGCCCAGCUGGCGAUUCAAGCGGCCGCAUCGAUCGAGUUGGAAGCCCAGUCGUCGUCCAUGUUUGCCAUCAACAAGUUCCUGGGCAUGACCUUUGCCGACGAAGCGAAUCGUCUGGUUGCCGCGCAGGCUGCAUUGCGCCGCGGCACCACCACGGCCUCUCGCGUGUACGCCAAGGUGUUUGACUUGCUGACCAACGAGAACGGUCCGUGGGGCUUGCCGGCCGACAGUGCGGAACAGAAGCCAAUCACCUUCAUGAAGCUCGACUCUACGGAAGACGCCCUGCGUCGCCGUGCUCGCCUGGUCCCCAACCGCUACGGCAGCGAUCAUCAGGAAGCCAUCCUCCUGAUCGAGUCCACCAACAACGACGCUGACAACGCGGGCGCGGUUUCUCCCGGCGUCGAGCCCAUUACGGUCGGCGGCGCUAUGGCUGCAAUGCGCGCCGCAACCAAGCUCAAGCUGGCACUCAAAGCCAAGACCGCUACUGCUGCGCACGACGAUGACAUGCCCUUCGACGACGAUAGCAUGAAUGACUCGAUGAACGAGCUGCCCGCCGCCUCGUCGUCCAGCGCUGCUGCAGCGUCGCCCGCGUCUUCCUCGAGCACGCCCGCGAGCUCGCAUGGCACUGCGAACGGCGCUGCGGGCUCGGCCUCGGCAACUGCCACCAGUGCACCCCCAGCAGCGACGCCGGCUUUGCCGCAGCUGGGAGGCGCCGACCCGUUGGCAAGCACCGCAGGGAAGCGCGUCUUGCUCAGCGCACCUUGCGAAAUGAUUACGCCAGGUGGCAAAAUCCCAGGCACAUUCAAGAUUGUCACGGGCAUGUUCUCCUUCACGGCCGACGAGGAUAGUGCGGCGUUCAAGGAGCUGCAGCAGAAUCCGUACCGUGUCUAUCUGGACGUGGUUCAUGGCCAAUGGACGUUUGAUGAAGUGACGAUCGUCUACCCACGCCGCUACAUGCUGCGCCACUCUGCCAUAGAAGUCUUCCUGAGCAACCACACCACGCUGAUGGUCAACUUUGCUGAUCGCCGCGUUGCACGCCGCGCGCUGCGCGCACUCCCGAAUCUGGCGAGCGGCACGGAAGCCACGCUGGGAAGCAACUUCCGCGAGGCUGCUCGUGGCGGCCUUGCUGCCAUGAUGACGACCGGCGCGACUGGUGCAGGUGCUGGAGCAGGCGCGGGUGCGAACGCGACCAACGCCGGUGCCGUUAGCGGUGGCGGCCUGUCGAACGGAAGCUCGGCGUCCUCCAUGUGGGCCCGCAUCUUCCUGCGCUCGGAUGCGACUGCGCGCUGGCAACGCCGUGAAAUUUCCAACUUUGAGUACCUGAUGCUGCUCAACACCAUGGCAGGCCGCUCGUUCAACGAUCUCAACCAGUACCCAGUCUUCCCGUGGGUCUUGACCGACUACGAGUCGGAAAAUCUUGACUUGAAAGACCCGUCCGUGUUCCGCGACUUGUCCAAGCCUAUUGGUGCGCUCAAUCCCACUCGGCUUGAGACCUUUGUGGAGCGGUUUGAGUCGUGGGAGGACGAGGAGGUGCCUGCCUUCCACUACGGCUCGCACUACUCUGCGGCUGGCUAUGUGCUGUUCUGGCUGAUUCGGCUCGAGCCAUUUAGCACCCUGUUCUUGAAUCUGCAGGGCGGCCACUUUGACCACGCCGGCCGCACAUUCGCGUCGGUGGGACAGGCUUGGCGCAACUGCAUGGACUCGACGACCGAUGUCAAAGAGCUGAUUCCCGAGCUGUACUCGUUGCCCGAGAUGCUCGUCAACGCCAACAAGUACCCCUUCGGCAAAGACGAUGACGGCGCGACUGUGGACAACGUCACGCUGCCUCCCUGGGCGCAUGGCAGCUCGGAGGAGUUUGUGCGUUUGCACCGCGAGGCUCUCGAGAGCGACUACGUCUCGGAGCACCUCCACGAGUGGAUUGAUCUCAUUUUCGGUUACAAGCAACGAGGGCCCGAGGCUGAGAAGGCCGUCAACGUCUUUUACUAUCUCACGUACGACGGCGCAGUCGACAUUGACGCCAUUUCCGACCCCGUCAUGCGUCAAGCGGUGGAGCAGCAAAUUGCCAGCUUUGGGCAGACUCCUUGCAAGCUGCUCAACACUCCUCAUCCUCGUCGUGGCGAUUUGGACGCUGCCGCUGCCGCCCAGGCUGCUGGAAGCAAUGCGACCGCAGGUGCAGCAAAGGCAGUCACUCCCUCGGAAAGCACGAGCCACUGGAACGCCGAGUCUUUGCACAGCCCGCUGCUCAAGUUGCCAAUCACCAGCGAUGAUCCCGUGUGCUUUGUGACUGGCAAUGUGAAUCUCAAGUCCAUUGUGACUGUGAGCACCUCGCGCAUGUUUGGGUCGCACACCUGGACCUACAACGCACCUGCGACCAUGGAAGAAGGCGAUCUGGCCUUCGAUCUGAUGCUCGAUCCAGUGCUGGAGGAGCAGACGUCCGGCGAGCCGGUCGCGCACUCCAGCAUUGUGCGCCGUCUGCCAGAACCGCUGGAUCAGCGCAUUGCGGUGUCGUCCCGCUGCUUUGCCACCUCGGCGGACAACUCGGUGCUUGUGACCUGCGGGUACUGGGACAAUAGCUUCAAGUGCUACGCACUCGACAGCGGAAAGUUGCUGCAGAGCGUCCACUCGCAUCGAGACGUCGUUACGUGCAUGGCAAUGUCCGCAGAUGGGACACUGCUUGUGACUGGCUCGCGCGACUCGACCGUGCGCGUCUGGCCGUGGAGCACCAAGAAGCAACGGUGUGCCGACCAGCCGUCGUCCACCCUUUUCGGCCACGAACACAUGGUUUCGUGCAUUGCCGUCAGUACUUCGUUUGACUUGGUUGCGAGCGGCUCGCGCGAUGUCGUGCUGCUGCACACCAUUGGUGGUGACUUUUUGCGCUCGCUGCGCCACCCGUGCUUCCGCCGCGUUGUGCUGGUGUGCAUCUCGCCCAAGAAUGGGUCUGUCACCGUUGCUUACUCGGACAAGGGUGGCGCGCUGGCUCUGUUCUCCAUGAACGGCAAGCUGCUGGCGACAGAAGACCUGGACGAAACGGUCAACGCCAUGUGCCACGACAAGAAUGGCGACUUUUUGUUCACUGGCGGUGCCCGGAGCUGCCUGAUGGUGAAGCACGCCUUCUCCUUGAAGCACGUUCACAUUUAUGCUUCCAACCACAGUCCACUCUGUUCGAUCGCUCUGACGUCGGAUGAGCGCUACGUCCUCUCGGGUCUGGAGUCGGGUCUGUUGGUUGUGAACUCUGUCGAUUUCUCGACGUGGCGACGCGAUGCGUUCGAGCCGCAUUCGGCGCUAAUCCCGCAAGAGCAAGCGUCCGUGCUGCAAGACUUGCAAGAGCGUGAUGUCAAGCGCAAGAAGCUUCAACACGAUCAGCUGUUUGUUCAGCAGCAGAAGCUUUUGGCUCGGCCCAACAGUGUGGCUGAAGUGCGUGCGGCGUUGUGAGCGCGUGUCUCGUGGCUAUCUUUUGUUGUUGUUUUUGUUUGGGUUUUGGCCGAUAUGGAUUGUUUGGACUAUCCAUGUUGUGUUUGUGAAUGUCCGGAAUACGAUACCAUUAAGUGGAUAAAAAUGCAUUGAUACAACAGA